AUGGCUACCGCUAUCACGAUCCAGCCCUCUUCCGCGGGUACUGCAACCUCCCCGGCCUAUACUCAACCUCAUCAUUCACCUUCAGCCUUCCACCGCCGGACAGGGUCGGCAACAAACUUGACCUCGUCCCCCUUGUCGGUCCAUUCCAACAUUCAACGUUUCCCAUUCCGGGAUGGAGCGAGCUGCGACGCCUGCCUCCGUAGAAAAAGCCGUUGCGCAAUGAAUGAAAUGGUUAACAAGUGCUACUCCUGCGAUUUCCACCUUAGACGACUCUGCCGCGGACCUGGAAUCGGUCAAACGUCAGCACAAUCAGCGCCUGAGGAAGAGAUCCUUUCUCCAAAGCAAAGUCAUGCUAUGAUCCGUCCCGGGUUCUUCAACCAGACCACACAGCACAUUGGCAUGACCACGGAGCUCGAACCUGCCCUGCUGGAAUAUUUACCCUUGGACGAAUUUGACGAGUGCACUUUCUCCGCAGCUCGUAUCCGAAGGUGCGCUGACGACGACUAUACCUACAUGAGGGUCGUCAACACUGUUCCUAUCGGGGACUCGCAGGCCGUGUCACUCGAUGUGAUCGAGGGCCUGGUUGCUCCGUACGGUGCUACGUUGAUUGAAAAGUUUUUCGAGCAUGUGCACCCCUCGUUCCCGAUCUUGAUGGAAGAUGCCUUCCGUCAAUCGUACCGGGAACGCCGUCAAUUAUCACCGUUGCUUCUUGCCGCGGUGUAUGUAUUGACGCUGAAAUUCGUGGAUGUCGGUACUUCUUCGCAGACUGCUCGCCGACCGGAUGCUGCGAGACUGGAGAGUACUGCGUUGAAACUGUUGCUGGAGUCUCUUCCUUUCCCUAGUAUAUCUACGAUUCAAGCGGGAUUGCUGCUCACCCAGAAGUCGACAUUGGCUACGGCUUCUCUCAAUGGCCAGCUGGUCACUGCUGGAUUCGAGUUGGGUUUGCACCAGGAUUGCUCGAACUGGCGUAUGAAGGAUUGGGAGAAGGGCCUCCGAAAACGGCUUGCUUGGGCGUUGUAUCGACAGGACAAGUGGUCCUCGCUCGUUCAUGGGCGGCCAUCGCAGAUCUUCGCAACCAACUGGACUGUCAAGGAUCUCGUAGAACAGGAUUUCACAGACGCCUUUGCGUCCGGCACCGACUCUGCCCACGACGAAGCCGCUGUCGGUCACGGGCCUCUCCUCUUCUGCCACAUGGUCGCCCUCACCACCAUUCUCUCCGAUAUUCUUGAUCGCUUCUACACUCUCCAGUCCAUCGAAGACUUUAACGCUGCCGGCAACCAGCGAACCCGCAUAAUCCUGGACAAGGCCAAGCCUGCGCAGAUCCGACUCAAAGAAUGGUUCUCCUCCCUCCCUGCAUCGUUGAAGAUGGAGACAUCGACCGGCGAGCUAGUCGAAACCAUCACCGACGAGCACGCCCGCAACGGUGCCCUCCACCUCGCCUAUUUUGCCACUGAAAUCACCCUCCACCGCUGCAUCGUCCGCUCCCUCACCACCGAAGGCACGGACUCUUACCUCGCCCACAUUUGCCGCUCUGCGGCGAAGACCCGCUUGAUCUCCGCCAUGGAUUUCGUCAACCGCCUCCGCCCCGCCCACCUGCGCUCUUUUUGGCCUGCAUGCUCGCGCACGAACUUCUCCCUCAUCGGCUCCUUCGGUAUGCUCCUCCGCGUGACUGCUCCCACGAACGAAGAGGCGGAAUUCUACCGUGUCCGUCUCUGCGAGUACCGCUGGACCCUGAGCGUCAGUCACAAGAACGCUGAGUUCAUGAGUUUCGCGCUCGAGAGCCUGGAUAACUCGUUUGCCCUGGACAAGCACGUCCCGCCAAAGCCCAACAUUGAUGAACUCAUGGCGCAGACAAAGUCUGCCCGCGCACACGCCGGUCCCGCUUCCUACGACGCACUUGAGGACGGCAUGCCCAGCGCGGCAGGACCUACAUCAUCUGUUAUGUCCGGCUUAGUCUCGCCUGCGACCUCGGUCAGUGACAUGGACGAGAAUGAAAUUCCGUUGAUGUGA